AUGGCGCACAGACACACUCCCGUCGAGACACAGGUCCAUAUUGCCCUGUGGACUGCGCUAUGCGUCUGCAUCGACGAUUACGACGCCCUCGCUGAGUUUGCCGGACGAUUCCACGUCGAUCGCGAGCAGCUUCACCCGUUGCUUGACUUGCUCGCGGAUAACAUUCGUCAAAUGCAUGAAUUCUUCCACCCCUAUGGCGCCACCGCCAUCGUCACCGGUACCCCCGUGGGUACUUAUCCGCUGUACAAGCGCGCCCGCAACGGGAUCGGCGAGGGAUACUCCUACUGCAUCUGGGAUAAGACACACUUCCCCGACGUGUCUAGUUAUAUUCAGGUGAUGCCUGAGACGACUGCGAUUUCCGUCCUCGUCAAUGAUCUGUGCUCCCUCUACAAGGUAGAACUUGUCGGCGAGAAGGACAACUUCAUCCAUGAUCGUGCUUAUGUAACUAGCAAGGAUAUCGAAGCGACCCUGAUGGACACACUCGAAGACGCUGUGGAUGCCGUCAACAGAGGCCGAGAAAUCUUAGAAGGCGAGCAGGAGAGGCAAGCAUGGGAGAGCCAUGUGAUGGGAUAUGUGGCAUUUCACUCCAUGAUUCCUCGCUACAAGCUGGAGGAACUGUUAAGCACGUCUGGCUAGACUCACACACCUCAUUCUUUCCGCCAAACGCAUGAACG